CCUCUUUUAUCAGCAGCCGGUGUGUUGUGACGCAGGCCGCAGCACGCACGGCGGACUUUGGCUCCUUCAUUGACGCGUAGAAGACGUGGAACGCCGACAAGUCCACCAUGUUCUCCUCCAAGUCGCUCAAAAGUCCGGCAAAGUACGCGUCGCCGCCGCCGCCCGUGCCCGCGGAGCACAUCCGCAUGGUGGCGAGUGGAUGCGAGGCGCGAGGCACCUGUGGCGGGCACGCGCAACAGCUGACUGGCGUUGAACGUGAGAAAACAGGCCUGGAUAACUUGGCUUACGAGUAUGGCAGCCAACGCCACCUCGGCCCUCCGAUCAAAACCUCCACAGAGACCUUUAAUCUCCUGGGCCUGGACCCGGACCACCCGAUCCACGCCGUCGUGGAGAGCCGGAUCUCCGGGCUGAGCGGCGUGCUGGCUGUCCGCUCGGCUUCCCCCAGCCGGCCGACAGAAGUGGACUAUGUGAGCUCGCUGACCACGGCCGCAGAGAUCGCCCUGGAGCUGCGCAGGAUGGGCUUCCACGUGGAGUCCACGGUGCGGGUCGGCGUGGACGGCAUGCACUGCCAGUCCUGCGUGGAGUCCAUCCAGCAGCAUGUCGGCGCUCUGCGGGGGGUCUCGCGCGUUGAGGCGUCGCUUCAAGAAGGGACGGCUCUGGUGGUCUUCCAACCGCUCCACGUCACGCGCCAGGAGCUGAGGGACAAGAUCGAGGAUAUGGGAUUCGGAGCUACUUUGCCAUCUUCAGAUGUCACCUGGCAGGCGGACUUAAGCCCGACGGCGGUUGUCUGGAUCGCAGGCAUGACCUGCCAGUCGUGUGUGCAGUCCAUAGAGGGAAGCAUCUCUCAGAGGAGGGGGGUCCACUCCAUAGUGGUGUCACUGAAGGAUGGAAAGGGAACAAUAAACUUUGACCCUGAUCUCACGGGGCCGGAGCAUCUCAGGGUAGCUAUUGAGGACAUGGGCUUUGACGCGUCACUUGAAGAACCUGGCUCAGCCGUCAGGAAUCCGGAAGAGCCCCUGAGCCGCGAACUUAGUGACCCGUCGGACUGGCAGUCGUCUUGCAAACUUGGCAAUGGCGCCGGAUUUCUGUCUUCUGACUCCGGCCAGCGAUCCACCACCAAAGGGCAAAAGUGCUAUGUCAGCGUGACGGGCAUGACGUGCGCCUCAUGUGUGGCGAACAUUGAAAGGAGCCUGCUAAAACAUAAAGGGAUCAUCUCAGUUUUGGUGUCGCUGAUGGCCGGAAAAGCAGAGGUAAAAUAUGACCCAGACGUUAUUGAUGCUCCUGAUGUCGCUCGGCUCAUAGAGGACUUGGGUUUUGGCGCCAGUCUCCUUGAGGACAACGUAGUCACACAUGGGAAACUGGAUCUGAAUAUAACUGGGAUGACGUGUGCAUCAUGUACCCACAAUAUCGAGUCCAAGCUCACUGCCACCAAAGGGAUCUUUGGCGCCUCUGUGGCCUUGGCUACCAACACAGCACACGUCCAGUUUGACCCCGAUGUGAUCGGAGCUCGAGAUAUAAUCAAGAUCAUUCAGAAUCUUGGCUUUGAAGCCAGCCUGAAGAAGGCGGGCAUUAAAAACAAUCUUGGCCACACAGAAGAGAUUCAACAAUGGAAAAACUCCUUCCUCCUCAGCCUGGUGUUUGGCCUGCCUGUCAUGGGCCUUAUGAUAUACAUGAUGGUGAUGGACAGUCAGCACCAACAACAUGGAGGCUCCAUGCCAGAGGAGCAGAACCUACUGCCCGGGCUCUCCAUCCUAAACCUGGCCUUUUUUCUUCUCUGUACGCCGGUCCAGAUUUUCGGAGGCAGGUACUUCUACAUCCAAGCGUAUCGCUCGUUGAAACACGGCAGCGCCAACAUGGAUGUGCUGAUCGUGCUCGCCACCUCCAUUGCCUACAUCUACUCCUCCGUGGUGCUGAUCGUGGCCAUGGCGGAACAAGCCCGGCAGAGCCCUGUCACCUUCUUUGACACGCCGCCGAUGCUUUUUGUGUUCAUCGCACUCGGGCGGUGGCUGGAGCAUGUGGCCAAGAGUAAAACCUCAGCGGCUUUGGCCAAGUUGAUGUCACUGCAAGCCACAGAUGCGACUGUGAUGACCCUGGGGCCUGACCACUCCAUCAUCAGCGAGGAGCAGGUGGUGGUGGAGCUGGUGCAGCGCGGCGACAUUGUGAAGGUGGUCCCGGGGGGGAAGUUCCCGGUCGAUGGUAAAGUGAUUGAGGGAAGCUCCAUGGCGGACGAGUCUUUAAUCACAGGUGAGCCAAUGCCGGUCAGUAAGAGGGUGGGCAGCCUGGUGAUUGCUGGCUCCAUCAACGCUCACGGCGCUCUUCUUGUGGAGGCCACACAUGUUGGUGCUGACACCACACUGUCACAAAUAGUACGACUGGUGGAAGAAGCCCAAACAUCCAAGGCUCCCAUCCAGCAAUUUGCUGACCGACUCAGCGGAUACUUUGUGCCUUUCAUUGUCUUUGUCUCCUUGCUGACUCUGGUGGCGUGGCUGGCAGUCGGCUUUGUCAACUUUGACAUCGUGAGGGAUAACUUCUCGGGUUACAACACCAACAUUUCCAAGGCAGAGGUCAUCGUCCGCUUCGCUUUCCAGGCCUCUAUCACUGUUCUUUCCAUCGCAUGCCCCUGUUCUCUCGGACUGGCUACCCCGACCGCGGUCAUGGUGGGCACCGGGGUCGGCGCUCAGAGCGGCAUACUCAUCAAAGGAGGCGAGCCACUGGAGAUGGCCCACAAGAUUAAUGUGGUGAUGUUCGAUAAGACCGGUACCAUCACCAAUGGCGUUCCCCGGGUGACCCGUGUGUUGGUGCUAUGGGAGAUGGCCCGCAUGCCUCUUAGAAAUAUCCUGGCAGUGGUGGGCACAGCAGAGGCCAGCAGUGAGCACCCAGUAGGCAUCGCAGUCACCAAACACUGCAAGGAGGAGCUAACCACGGACGUGCUGGGUUACUGCCAGGACUUUCAAGCCGUGCCCGGCUGCGGGAUCAGCUGCCGGGUUUCUAAUGUGGAGCAUCUGUUGCUACAACAGAGCGAGGAGCGUUUCUUGUUGCCAGGGACAACCAUGGAUGAGAGUAGCCUAGUUGGUGCUGCAGAGAUCCCGAAUACAGGUGAGAUUUCAUGUUACUCCGUCCUGAUCGGGAACCGGGAAUGGAUGAGAAGGAAUGGCCACCAUGUCGGAGCAGAUGUGGAUUCCGCCAUGUCGAGCCACGAGGCAAAGGGGCAGACCUCGAUUCUGGUGGCCAUAGAUGGCGUACUGUGUGCCAUGAUCGCCAUCGCGGACACGGUGAAGGCGGAGUCAGCCUUGGCGGUGCACACUCUCAGCAGCAUGGGCAUUGAGGUGGUCAUGAUAACAGGAGACAACAGACGCACAGCUAAAGCCAUUGCUGCGCAGGUAGGGAUCAGGAAGGUGUUUGCAGAGGUGUUGCCCUCCCAUAAGGUGGCCAAAGUGCAGGAGCUCCAGGAACAAGGUCUGCGAGUGGCCAUGGUGGGAGACGGCGUCAACGACUCGCCCGCUCUUGCCCGCGCUGAUGUCGGCAUUGCCAUCGGCACGGGCACCGACGUGGCCAUCGAAGCGGCGGACAUCGUUCUUAUCAGAAACGACCUUCUGGACGUAGUGGCCAGUGUUGAGCUGUCCAAAAAGACCGUGCAGAGGAUACGGAUCAACUUUGUCUUCGCCCUCAUCUACAACCUCGUCGGAAUACCCAUCGCUGCAGGCGUGUUCAUGCCUCUUGGCCUGGUGCUUCAGCCCUGGAUGGGCUCAGCUGCAAUGGCCGCCUCGUCCGUUUCUGUGGUUCUCUCAUCUUUGCUGCUCAGAUUCUACAAGAAGACCUCAGUGGAGUUGUACGAGGUUAGAGCGAGAGGCGUGAUGCGGAGCCUGCGGUCCUCGCAGAUCAGCAUUUAUCCGAAACUGGAAGGCCGGGGUUGCAGUCCGGCUUCUUUGGAACAGCACAACGUCAUCCGCAUGCCACCGGUCGCCAUUUCCACUCAGACGCCAGUGCCAAUGAACUUUAUCCACAAGCAGAACCAGCCCGCCCUCCUUGAUCUUUAGACAAUGGAGAACCAUAGCGGACUUUAAUAAGUGUUACAUCUCUUGUAUAUUCAUGUAAAUAAACACUUUUAAUGUAAAACUCUGUUGUGUGAUAAGUUAUGUGUGGAAUAGAAUACAACAAUGAGUCUAGAACUGUGGUACGUUUACCAGGGGGCCCUAUCUAGUGGUACGCCAAAUACUCACUUGAUUAAAGUACAGUGUUUUAUUACCCUAUAUUCAAACAGUGUAACUGUUCAAACUGUGUGUAA